UUAGGCUAGUGAUUUUAAAUGGUUUAUUCGUGGUCUUAGGUCUUAGUUGACUAGAGACCGGACCGAGACGGAAUCUCGAUCGAAAGUCUCGGUUAUCGAGGUUUUUUCGAGAUCUCGAUUCUCGUACGACACUCCCAGUCCGGUCUCUAUAGUUGACCCUUUUGGAAAAAAUCCGCGAUUGACCGUUUUGAGAUCAAAUUAUUUAUUAACCAUAUUGAAUCAAAUUUACUGGUUGACCCUUCCGAAAUAAUAAUCGACUGACCCUUAUGAAACUUAAUCCCUCUUUUGACCCUUUUGAAACAAAAUCCGUUUCUGACCCUUUUGAAAUACAGUAACUCUUAAGGAAUUCUUACUCAUCCUUUAUUUAUCAUUCCCCUCAAAAAACCUUCCUCUUUUAAGGCAUCAAAUGCUCUCCAACCAAGUCACACAACUUGAACGCGAACGGGAACGAACAACCUCCGAAUUGAGUGACGCUAAAGACCGCAUUCGUCGCUUGCAAGAUCAACUGACAGAUUCACAACAAGAGGCAGAGAAUGCCCAUUUAGAGCAUAAGGCGCUUAAAGCUGAAUUUGAGAGGUGA